UCUGGUGCAGAGACGCGGCUCCGCUCUUGGUCCCCAUCCCCCGCCCGGCCGCGGUUCCCCUGCCGGGAGCGCAAUCCGUUCGUCCGGGACCUCGCGGAGCUCUUGACCUUCCCCCCUCCCCCUCCCUCCCUAACCUACUUCCUCCACCUCCUCUCCAGAUUUCCUGCCCCUACCUUCCAUCACCCCUUCUCCGUUCCCACUUCUCGUUCCGCACUCCUCUCCAUCCUCUCUUCUUUUCAUCUUCAUCCCCGUCUCUCUUCACCCCCCUCUUCGUCGCCCCUCUCUCCAUCCACAUCUUUCUCCCACUACAUCCCCAAAGCUCCCUCUUUUUCCUCCAUUCUUCCCUCUCCUUUCUCUCCACCCCUUCUCACUCCCUUCCCUACCCCUCUCGCUCUUCCCAUCUUCUUUCUCUCCCUCUAAUCCCCAUUCCCUCUCUCUCUCCCUCUUCCCCUUUCUCCUAUCUCUCUCUCCCUCUUUCCCGUUCUCCUUCUCUCUCCUCCUUUUUCUCAUCCCUCUCUCACUUCAUAUCUCUCUCUCCCCAUCACCCAUCUCCCAAUCCCCCUCCUCUCCCCUCUCUCCCUCCAUCCCCCUCUCCCCUCUCUCUCCCUCCAUCCCUCUCUCCCCACCCUCCUUCCCCCCUCCCACUCCAAUGUUCCGGCUGCAGUCUCUCCAGGAUCUUUCCCGGCAGGAGAUUGCUCCGGGAGGGAAUGGUGCGUCCCGAGUCCGCCCCACCCCGCACACUGACUCCGGGUUGCGGCCUCUGGGCCGAAAGUCUAGGGCGCUGCGCCCGAGGUGACCGCACGCCAGGCGAUGCCAAUGUCUUCGGACUCGCUGCCGUCCCUGAGCCCCGCCGUAUCGCGCAGCCUGUCCCGGCUGGGGGAGCAAAGGGCCCGGACGCAGCUUCUGCUGGCUCUGGGAGUGACCCAGAUCGCCCUGGGCUCCAUGAUCGUGGCCGUCAGUUUCGCCGCCCUCGCCAUCACCAACUCUGCAAAGAUCCGGCACUCCUGUCCCUUUUGGGCUGGGUUCGCGGUGCUGUUAGCGGGGCUGAUUGGAGUCAUUUCCUGGAAGAGGCCGCUCUCCCUGGUGGUGACGUUCUUCACCCUGCUGUCGGUGGUGUGUGUGAUGUUGAGUUUGGCCGGUUCCAUCCUCUCCUGUCAGAACGCUCAGACGGUGAAAGCCCUGGAGGCUUGUCAGAUGAUCGGCUUCAAGAGGGAGGGGCUGUGUAUGUGCUGUGACCGGGUGACCCAGCGCGAACGGCCCAAGCUCUGCGGCGCCCUCGGGGAGCUGCUUAAACUGCACCACUUCCAGGACUGCAAGACGGUCCGAAUGGCCCUGAAGGACCUGUUGUUCAGUGUGUGUGGCCUGAGCAUCCUCUCCACCAUCAUCUGCACUCUCUCCACGGUCAUCUGCUGCAUCCAGAUGUUCGCGGUCGACGUGCUGCAUAUCCUGGUUCCGCAGAGGCCGAGGUCCCUAAAUCCGGAGUGUUCCUCGCCCCAGGAGAACUUCCUGCGGAACAUGUCGGACCCGGACGAGUUUGUGCCGCCGGUCCCCCCUCCUCCCUACUACCCGCCGGAGUAUACCUGCAGCUCGGAGACCGACGCGCAGAGUAUCACCUACAACGGCUCGAUGGGGAGUCCGGUGCCCCUCUACCCCAGCGACUUCCCUCCUCCCUAUGAGACGGUGAUCAGACACGGAACAACCAGCCAGACGACGGACUUUGAUCACCAACUCACUGAGAUCUCCAACUCCAGUUUCUGUGAGCAAAUUCUCUCCACAGCUUUCAGCGGAGAAGGUUCCAUAGACAGCGGUUCCCUUAUGAUGUCCGAGAUCAUCGACAUCCCAGACGACAGCAGCUGCUCCGAGGACUCGUGCCUAAUGGGAGUGGGAGGGUUGCGGCCGGCACCUGGGAUGGGGACUGAUCCAUGCCCGGUCAGCGCCAGCCCCUGCGGCCGCAGCCGGCGUUCCUUCUCCUGCAGCACCCCGCAGCAUCACAGCCCCGCGCCCGGGCUCGGGCCUCCUUCCGACCAGGACGGGCUCACCCGCAGCUGCCUGAGGCUGGAGACGGCCGGCUCCCCGGCUCCGAACGAGGACAGGCUGCGAGAGCGGCCGGACGCCCACGGGCUGGGAGUGGCCGAUGCCAGCCCCGCCGCCCGGCGCCGCAGGCACAGUGAGCAGUCCCGGCCGCCCACUCCAGCCGCCAGUCUGCAGUCGACGCGAGUCACCAGGUCCAACAGCGACCCCGGAAUCUUCGUGCCGGGGGAUGCGGAUGUAACCAGGAGGUCAAAAACUCCAGAGGACGUCACAUCUCAGACUUCAACCGACACAGCCCCCUGCUCUGAAGCAUGUCUGCUACCAGGAUCACGGCACGCCACCCCCGAGUUGCUGCGCCGGCUAGUGGGCUCCCGGCGCAGGCCGGCGGGCAAGGGGAAGGCACCGCGGGCGCUGUGCAAGGACGGCACCCGCUCGCUGGGUGACCUGAAGGUGUGCCGGGGCACCCGGGUGCUGGUGGCACGCUUCCUGCAGCGCUCCAAGCGCAACCUGGCGGCGGAGCACGGCCCCGGGGACCCGGGGCCCGCAGCCGGCAAGCGGUGGCUCAACAGAGGCCGGGCGGGCAGCGGCUCCGAGCAGGUAUUCCGGAGCCUGGGAAUAGCCAGUGGGAGGCAGCAUCUGAUGCACCAGGAAAGCCUCCACCUUCAGAGCUGUGGAGAUAUCAAUUCCUCGGCCUCCAGCAUGCACCGUCUCUUCUCGGCUGGCGCGCUGGAGGGCAGCCGCCCUCACAGUCUGAUCGGCGUCUACCGGGAGACUGUCCUUUGACAGCUGCCCCCUCCCCACACCUCACCAUCUCCUGUAAUCCUGGGUGAUGGGUGCUGGGUCGAUCAACGAAGACUUGGAGGACAUCUUCGCCCAUGGCAUCCCAGCUGGGGAUAUGUUGUGGGAGGGAGUGGGAUUUAUAAAUGGGGAGCUUCCUGCUGCUGGCUGCUCCCCUCUUCCCCCCGAGUCCUCCAUGAUUGGACAGGGUGGGUAAGGGGUUUGGCCGACACUUUCCAGACCUGCAUGAUGCCCAUGUAAAUAGGGGAGGGUUUAUACUCCAGACGGCUCACCGCUUG